AUGACAGACUACCAACAUGUUUCCCUGCAAUUUAUUAAAGACUAUGUCCACUUCUGUGGCGGAAGUUUAAUUACUGCAGAUUUUGUGCUGACGGCUGCGCAUUGCCUUAACUCGCUCAGGAAGCCUUUUGAUCUUAAAAGUAGUGAAGGACACAUUGGAACCGUUUGCCUUCCAAAUGAAAACGUGAAACCGAUGACCACCAUCACCGUAUCAGGAUGGGGGCGACUUUCAGAAUGUGGGUAA